UCCCCACAACGCUAUUUAAACACCAUCCCGCCUUUACUCAACCUACCCACCAUUAUUUCAUACCACUCGCCACUACAUAACCACCAUGAAAUCUUCUUCUUCUUCAAUUCUCUCUGAAUCUGAACAAGAACAACUCAUACACAAACUACAAAUCUUCAAGAUCCAUGGCAGAGAUAAGCGUGGCCACAAGCUUCUUCUCGUCACCGGAAAACUCUUCCCUGCGAGACUGGUGACGGUCCAAGUGUUGAACAAGUAUUUGGAGGAGAAGGUAUUGCCUAAAUUUGGAGACGAGCCUUUCUCUUUGGUGUAUCUGCACGCAGGUGUUAAAAAAUGCGAGAAUUUUCCUGGAAUCUCGGCCCUCCGAUCAAUCUAUGAGGCCAUUCCGAUCAACGUCAAGGAUCAGAUUCAAGCGGUUUAUUUCCUACACCCGGAUUUACAGUCCCGACUCUUCCUCGCCACCUUCGGUCGUCUCCUUUUCAGCGGAGGGUUGUACGGGAAACUGAAAUACCUGACCAGGUUGGAGUUUCUGUGGGACCACGUGAGGAGGAACGAGAUCGAGAUACCUGAUUUCGUGCAUGAUCAUGAUGAAGAGUUGGAGUACCGUCCGAUGAUGGACUAUGGGUUGGAGAGUGAUCACCCGAGAGUCUAUUGUGCGCCAAUGGUGGACUGCCCAGUUCCUACCUACUCUAUGCGGUAUAUUGCGUAGGGAACGCUGUGGGGACUAACUUGCGCCGUGAUAUUUUCGGAUUAUAAUAUUGCGGUGUCUUAAAGUUGGAUAGGAUUGUCUUUUCCGUUUUUGUUGUGGGAGUUUUUAGGAAGAGUGCUCGUCUUGUAAAUAUAAAAAUAUGAGUUGAAUGAAAAGACAGUGUAUGAUAGAGUUUGGUCCUAAAGUGCAAAAUCAGAGUGUUUGGUAAAAAAGAAAAGUUAAAGAAAGAUAGUCCCGAUUGCUUUAUUCUCCAAUCAUCAAAGGUCUCUUUGGCUUUUUUAUUUUGGA